AUGCUCAUCAUCGGACUAACCGGCUCGAUCGCAACGGGCAAAUCCACCGUCUCCUCUCUUCUCUCCUCCCCACCAUACUCCAUCCCCAUUAUUGACGCGGACCUUCUAGCGCGCCAGGUCGUCGAGCCGGGCACGCCCGGCUACAAAGCUAUAGUCGAAUACUUCGGACCCAGCACGCCGGAUCUACUCCUCCCCUUGAAACCAGACACCAACCCUCAUCAGCUCCGGCCGCUCAACCGGCCAGCGCUGGGCCGUCGAGUCUUCGGCACUAGCGAGGAGCGCAAGCGCGACCGCAUGGUCUUGAACAAGAUUGUACAUCCAGCCGUACGAUGGGAAACCUACAAGGCGCUACUAUACUACUACGUACGGGGAUACUGGGCCGUUGUUCUGGACGUUCCACUGCUCUUCGAGAGCGGGAUGGAUAUCAUUUGCGGCACGGUGGUGGUGGUGGGUGUAUCGGAUGCGACGGUGCAAGUGGCGAGGCUGUGUGCGCGAGAUUCCCAUCUGACGCUGGAAGAUGCGCAGAACCGCGUUCAGAGUCAGGGAGACGUCCUGGGAAAGGUGCAGAAGGCGGAGUUCCGUGGUGUGGAUACCGCGCGCGGCGUCAUCGUCUGGAAUGAUGGCGACAAAGCGGAUCUCGAGAGAGAGGUCCAGAAGGCGAUGAUGGGGAUUCGGUCAUCGAGUCCCCGCUGGUGGGCUUGGGUGCUUUUGUUGGCGCCGCCGGUGGGAGUCGGUGCCGCUGUUUGGAACAUGGCGGUGAAUUUUGCGACGCAGAAGAGUUGGGAGAGGAAGGUGAGGGAGGAGAAAGCGAAGUUGUAG